UCCUUCAUUUGGCAUGGAAAGAAGCAAGACAUAAUCGACAAGCACUGUAAAAGAUUGUAGUUACAGACAUGCCGGCUUGAGCAUUGGUUUGUAAUAAGCUGCAUAUCACAGUGCAGAGUUGAAACUGAAGAUGGGGGAAGCUACAGAGUGGUAUGCAGUCGUGACAGGAGCAAAUAAAGGAAUUGGAUUAGAGAUAGUUAGGCAGUUAGCUUCAGAAGGAAUAAAGGUGGUACUCACUGCAAGGAAUGAAGAGAGGGGUAUCCAAGCAUUGGAAACACUCAAAGCCUCUGGUCUUUCUCAUCUUGUGUUGUUUCAUCAGCUAGAUGUGGCUCAUGCUGCAAGUGUAGCUGCUUUUGCAGAUUUUAUCAAAUCCAAAUUUGGUAAACUUGAUAUUCUGGUUAACAAUGCGGGAAUCAGUGGAAUUGUAAUUAAAGACAGAGACUUAUUCACUACAAUCAUCGCGAAUCGUGGGGUGAUAUCAGAUGAGGAAGGAACAAGCGCAGUGACUCAAACAUAUGAGUUAGCAGAAGAAUGCUUGCAAAUAAAUUACUAUGGCGCUAAAAUAACUGUAGAAUCCCUUAUGCCCCUCCUGCAAUUAUUUGACUCGCCAAGAAUUGUGAAUGUAUCAUCCACUCAGGGGCAGUUAGAGAGUUUCCCUAAAGAAUCAUGGGUAAGAGGAGUGUUGAGUGAUGGUGAAAAGCUGACAGAAGAGAAAGUGGAUGAAAUAGUGAAGAAUAUUUUUUGAAUAUUUCAGGA